UGGCCGGAUUUUAUUGACUUGUCCUCAUUUUCCCCCAUCAGAAGUCUUUCAGAUAGACUUCUCUGCCUUCUUUUCAGAAAUUUUCAACAUCUUUUUCUAUCCGCAACUGGACGUAAUAGCACGCUCACGCUUUCUGUUGCAAGUUGCAAUCAUUGACGAUGGGAUCGUCUAGUCGAGUACUCGAGUCCACGAAAAUCACCAUGUACUCCGGGAGCCCAGAAAUAUAAGCAGCGCUUGCAUGAUUAGAGGUGUUCUUCCCUGCCCCUUCAGAAAUACAGAGUCGUAUCUUGGAGAGUCCAACCUUGCUCAGAUGAAGCUCAUGUCCUCCUUCCUCCUAUGCGCCAUCGCCUUCCUUGUCCUCAAUUUUCCAGCCACCACAGACGGAGCCGAGCAGUUCGUCUACAAUGGCUUCGCCGGUGUUAACCUCACCCUCGACGGCAACGCCAUGGUGACUCCGGACGGCCUCCUCGAGCUCACCAAUGACACUGUCAAUCUUGGCCACGCCUUCCACCCGACUCCGCUGACCUUCCACAACGGCUCAUCGAACGGCACCGCCGUGCAGUCCUUCUCCCUCUCCUUGGUGUUCGCUAUCAUCUCCGUCCACAAUGACAUCAGCGCCGACGGCAUGGCCUUCUUCAUCGCCCCCACCAAGAACCUCUCCAACACGUGGGCGCAAUACAUGGGCCUCCUCAACAGCGGGAACGAAGGCAACGCGACCAACCACAUGUUUGCUCUGGAGCUUGACACCACCCAGAACGAGGAGUUCCAGGACAUGGACAAUAACCACGUCGGCGUCGACGUCAACAGCCUCAAGUCUCUGCAAGCCCACCACACCGGUUAUUACAACGACGACGGUUCCUUCAACAACUUAACGCUCAUCAGCGGCAAGGCGAUGCAGGUGUGGGCGGACUAUGACGGGGGGUCCACGCAAAUCACUGUGACCUUGGCUCCUAUCGGAGCAACCAAACCUGUGAGGCCGCUGCUCUCCACUUCCUAUAACCUCUCCGGAAUUCUCAAAGACCCAUCCUACAUCGGUUUCGCAGCUACAACUGGUGCAAUUAGCACAAAGCACUGUGUGCUUGGAUGGAGCUUUGCCAUGAACGGACCUGCUCCGGCCAUCGACCUAUCCAAGCUCCCCAAGCUACCACGUCUUGGUCCAAAGCCUCGUUCUAAGGUCCUGGAGAUCACCCUGCCUAUAGCCACCGCAAUAUUCGUUCUUGCCGUGGGAACUGUCAUCCUUCUAUUUGUUCUCAGGAAGCUGAGGUAUAAGGAGCUCCGGGAAGAUUGGGAAGUCGAUUUCGGGCCACACCGGUUCUCCUUCAAGGACUUGUUCCAUGCAACGAAAGGGUUUAAGCAAAGGAAUCUGCUUGGCGAAGGCGGAUUUGGCAAGGUGUACAAAGGGGUGCUUCCAAAGUCCAAAAUGGAAGUAGCAGUGAAGAGGGUGUCCCAUGAGUCGAGGCAAGGGAUGAAGGAGUUCAUUGCCGAGGUCGUCAGUAUCGGCCGCCUCAGGCACCGAAACCUUGUGCCUCUACUUGGAUACUGCCGUCGAAAAGGUGAGCUCCUUCUGGUCUAUGACUACAUGUCAAAUGGCAACCUCGAGCAGUAUCUGUAUUGUGGAGACAACAAACCAUCGUUGAAUUGGGAGCAGAGGUUCCACAUCAUCAAGGGUGUUGCGUUCGGUUUAUUCUACCUCCAUGACAAGUGGGAGAAAGUGGUUAUCCACAGAGAUAUCAAACCAAGCAACAUACUUUUAGAUGGCGAAAUGAACGGAAGACUAGGUGAUUUUGGUCUCUCAAGGUUGUAUGACCAUGGCUCUGAUCCACAUACCACACAUAUAGUUGGAACCAUGGGGUAUCUAGCCCCUGACUUAGUGCGCACGGGCAAGGCAUCCACUCUGACGGACGUGUUUGCCUUUGGCAUAUUUCUGCUCGAGGUCGCUUGCGGGCAAAGACCGAUUAAGCAAAAUCCACAAGGGGGCCACCGUACGUUGGUUGAUUGGGUAGUAGAGCGAUGGCAUAAUGGGUCGCUCACCGAGAUCGUGGACACAAGACUCCAAGAUUAUGACAGUGAUGAGGCAUGUUUGGUGCUACAGCUAGGACUUUUAUGCGCACACCCAUUUACCAGUGCAAGGCCUAGCAUGUGGCAAGUAAUGCAGUACGUUGAAGGUGAUACACCGCUCCCAGAGUUAACUGCAGCACAUUUCAGCUUUACCAUGCAGGCUUUAACACAGAACAAAGGAUUUGAAUCGCCCGGCAUGAUGUAUCCACAGUUGACAACCAGUUUUGCCACAUUCUCUGGUAUCUCUGGAGGAAGAUAGUUUUUAGUUUACAACCUUUGUAUAAUUGUAUUUCUUCAAGGAGGAAUUCUUGCGAGUGCGUUCUUCCUAUCUGAUGUCCAUGUAGAUAUACUAUAUAGUUCAAAACUCAACUCUAUGUGUAUCUAUCGAUAUGCCUAUGAGAUCAAUAAAAACUUUCAUUUUCGGAAAAA